GUUCUUUACAGCAGUACUUUACAGCACCUGAGCAGGCUUGCAUGUGCGAUGUCUCUCUGUGCAAUGUCCAAGUUGCGCGCACUUUCAAGAUCGGCCACGACAAGGUCAGACGCAUCAACAACCACUGGUGGGAUCACCGCCAGUUGUACGAGACCACCGCCGUGGGGAGAGGCAAGACGGCAAAGAAGGAUGAUGGGCGACGCCGCCUCACCGAAGUACAAGAAGAUCAACUUCGCGAGUUCAUCAAUGACGAGCACAAGGCCGGUCGUCAAGUCUUUCGCCGCACGGUGGCAGAAUGGAUGCACAGGACUUGCAACAUGGAGCAGCCGUCCAACCGUUCGGCAGGAGGGCUGCUGAGUAGGCUCGGCUACAAGCGUCGUAGAGGCAGGAUCAAAACGCCACCGUUAAACGCCGAAAGACUUGCUCGCAUUCGUCGGUUUCUUGUUGAGAUGGUCAUGGCAAAGAGGGCAGAGGAUGCUGGGUUAGCAGUGAUCGUGUACAUGGAUGAGAGUUUUGUCCACCAGGCUCAUGGUUCCCCCUAUUCUUACUUUCCUUCGGACGACGAUGGAGUUGUGCAGGAUGGGAUUGGUCGCACAACGGGGAAGGGCUUGCGCAUGAUCAUGGUGCAUGCAAUCACGAAGUGGGGGCCGUUGGCUAAGCUUUGUGAUGGGUUACCGAUCGAAGAGGGCUGGUUCAAGGAAACGGGUAGCGGCAAGAAGGAAAUGGAAGAUGAGGAGACAGCAGAGUUUCUGUGGCAGGCUAAGUUGGCAAAGGGCGAUUACCACGCAGCAAUGACCGACUCGAUGUUCAUGGAGUGGCUUGAACACCGCCUUAGCCCUGCGUACAACGCGAUCCCGGAGUUCAAAGGCAAACGGAUGAUUCUUGUUCUUGACAACGCCUCAUACCACCAUGGAUUUGACGCGGAAGUCAAAGUGCCGGAAACCAACACCAAGAAGCACAACGUCGAUCUGUUGCGUAUGUUUGGGGCCAAGUCGAUCAGGGUUAGGCGUAAGGAGGGCGAACAGGGCGUUGUUGAGUACAACUUCGAGGUACCGACAGAGCCUGGUUCUUCAUUCCCUGCAGGGAACAGGGAGGGCGGUGUAAGCAGAGCGGAGGUAGCAACGGCCACUCGGGAGUACAUCCACCUCAAUCACCCUGAAAGGCUCGAGGAACGGGUGGUGACGUUCAUGAGGAAAAAGGGGUGGGCGUUGAUUUGGACGCCGCCCUACAUGCCGUCCUUUCAACCGAUCGAGAUUUUUUGGCAGCAUGGUAAGCAGCACGUCAGCCUUAACUUUGAGUUGAAGCGAGAGAUGCGGGAGGUGUGGGUGCAGAUUCGUAAAGGUUGGUACGGGGACAAGGAAUGGCCAGGCCAGGAGGGGGGGUGGAAGGCAGCCGAUUGUUCGAAGCUGGUUGACCACGCCAUUGGAGAGAUGAAUAAGUGGGUCAAGGACCGUGAUGGAGUGCUUUCUGGUACGAUAGGCAGCCUCGAAAAGCCGGACGGGUACGAUACAGAUGAUGUGUCGCCCGUGGGUGAUGUCGAGGAAGGGGUAGGGGAGCAGAUCCAGCAGGAAAGCGCAGAAUGGGGUGAUGGCAGCGACGAGGUUGAACCAUGAUGAGAUUUUUUUCAGCCUUGUGAUCAAUUGCUACACCCAUGCACUGGGUGUACCAUGUUCCAACAGCACACAUGUGUGAUUGCUGUGCGCGGGGGGUUGCGUCCCUGCUUCCAGCUGCUGCAGUUGUAGAAAAAAAAAAAUCAAAAAUAUUCAAUUG